UUUGCACCUGAAGAACAAAAACAGUUAUCAGAGACCACCUUCUUCCAGUGGAGUCACUUCAUACAUCAAAAAUCGACGCCCACCUCCAUUGAUACCAAGACAGCUACCAAGACCUAAACUAGUCAAUCAAAAGCCACAACUACCUCCUAGACAAACAAAUACACAGAAAGAAUGUCCAACACAGUCAGUACAUAGAAACUCAUCCCCUGUAACAUUUAGACUUUACAGUAUACCAGAGAAAGAAGAAGAUAUUCAUGGGGAGUCGUCGUUAAAAAGAAGAACAAUGAGUGAACAGAAGCCAAAAUAUUCUACUACAGAACCUGAUAUUUCUAAAACAAAUUCAUCAGGAAUACAAAAGAGUGACCAUUAUGGUUCCAUGCCUGAUAUGUCAGCAUCUGGUGGGUUAAAGGUUCGAUACAGUACUGAUACACAGAAAAAGAGAGCAUUGCCACAGAGUCCUACCAGUAGUGCUCCUGAUUCUAGGAGUUUCUUUAUGGAAAAAGAACUUAUGGAAAGCCAGAACAGAAAGUUACAAUUGGAAAUAUCUACACUGACAACGGAAAAUAAACUGUUCAAAGAUAAAUACAACCGAUCUGCAGCAAAGAUAAGUGAUUUAGAGGAGGAGCUUACUGAAACGAAAUCUGAUUAUGAAUCACUACAGCAGUCUGUUAAUGAGGAAGUCUCAGAAGUACAAAGGAAAAGUAAAUCACAAAUGGCACAAGACAUGGACUAUUUACAAUCAAAAGUUACCUCCCUUGUUCAGGAAAAUGAACAUUUGAAGUCUGAGGUGAUGUAUUUAGAGACACAACUACAAACGGCUAAUGGUGUGGUAGAAAUGGCCAGACAGAACAAUGAAAAGAAUAAAACAUUAGAAGCUUAUAAGAUGGAGGUUGCUUCUUUGAAGGAUGAGGUGUCUAAAGUGAAGUUACUACUAGAACAGAGUGAGCGCCAUCUACAUGAAGAAGAGACUAGAUCAAGGGAGACAAGCCAACAGGUGAUCAAAUUAACAGAGAUGAAGAAUCUACUGCAGCAUCAGGUUGAUAUGAGUGGUGGAGGAAAUACUGUUGUAGAUAAGCAGAUAAAAUCCUUAGAAAAGAGACUAAGAGUUACAGAAGAGAGACUUCACCAAGAGAGAUCAGAUAGAGCUAAUAACCUCUCAGCAGUGGAAGAUAAACUGUUGACAGAAAAUGCUAGACUACAGGCAACAGAAAAAGAAUUAAGCAGACAGUUACAGAGAGAAAAGGAUAAGAACUGUAAUCUUGAACAGAAAACCAAAGAUGUGAAGAAUGAAAAUGAGAAGUUGAGGUUGCAAGUACCAUUUGAUGAAACUUCAUUGACCUCACUGAAAUAUGAUAUACCAUACAGUACUCAUUCUAGUCAAAGACAUGAAUCUGUCAAGAAUCAUGAUUUUAAACACAUAGCCUCACAACUGGAACAACAAGCUGGGGUAAAAUCAGAAUUAGACAUGAUUUGCCAUUUAUGGAUAACUCGAGAGCAAGCAUACAGUCAAUUACGUCACUUAGAGAUAAUGCUUCAGGACUUAAACCUGAGAGACAAUGACGUAACAGAAGGAUUGAAGAAUUUGAGAGACUUGAAACAUCAGUAUGAACUAAAGCUGAAACAGGCAGAAGAAAAAGCUGAAGAUUCAAAGUCAGAAAAAUUUACAUUUGAAGCAACAUACAAAGAACAACUGACCAGUUUAGUAAAGGAGAGGCAUGAGGCCUUUGCCAAAUUGAAAACAGCAGAAGAUUUGUUAGAGGCAACAAGAAGUGAAAAUGAAAUUUUGCGCAAUAAUUUACCAGCUCUUUCUGCUGGUUCUAUGCAGUCUCUUCAUGGAAAAGACAGUGAAAAACAAAUUCAGCUAGUUCAGAUCCAGGAAUUAGAAGGUAAAGUCCAAUCAUUAACUAGGUCCAAUCAAAUGUCAGAAGGGGAGAUAACUACAUUAAAAGUUCAGAUGGAGGCUAGAGAAAAAACACUGAGAGAUGUGGAGAGUGAACUGGAACUAGCUAACAGUAAAAUGGACCUUGGUAAUGGAGAUGAAAGAAAACAACAGAAAAUUGAUAAACUUACUGCACAGGUGAACAGUAAACAGGCGGAGCUUGGACUAAUGAAUGACAAAUACAAUAGAUUGUUAGCUGAAAACAGGUCAUUAGAGAUGGAUUUAGAUAUUACAAAGUUAGAUCUCACUUCCGUCAAAACUAAACAAAGACAAAUUACAGGAAUUGCCGACACUAAGAUGUCAUUCUCCGUGAAAGAAGAACUGGAGGAUAAGAGCAGACAGAUUGAGAAGAUGACAGAAGAAAUAGAGAAACUAGACAGUGCAUUACAACAAACAAGACAAGAUCUUUACCAGGAACAACUACAGUGUAAUGAUUUUGAGGGACAGGUUGAAGGUAUGCAGCAGGAAUUUGAGGAGAGAGGUAGAAUUAUUGAUGCGAUCUCUGAAACAGAAAAGGAACAGUUGUCUCAAUACAAAAUCUUAAAGAGCACUCUGGACUCUGUACAUGCAGAUCUCAAGAAAAAGGAAGGACAGAUUAAGAUUCAAGAAGUUCAACUUAGUCAACAAACUGAUAAAAUACACCAGUUAGAGAGGAAUUCACAUAAUGAAACUCCAGGAGGAGUUAUGGUACCUGAAACUUUAGUAACAGAACUGGAGAGAGAUAAGAUCAAAUCAGAGCUGCUGGAGGCAUAUUCUAAAUUAAAAACAACUGAAGAAGAAAUGCAGGAAAUGGCCUCAGAACUACAAAAACUACAGGAAGAAGUAACCAAUCAGAAGGCAGAUCUCUUACAGCUUUCUUCAGAGAAAGGAGAAUUAGAACAACAUCUCGAGGAGAUAGCAGAAGAACAUGAUGCCUUGAUACAAGAGAAAGCUCAGUCUGAAGAAGACAUUGUAAAACUAGAAAACAAACUACAAGAGCUGGUUGAAACCUUGGAGAAUGAGGCCAGAAAACAGCUUGGUAAUUUUGGAAACCAGUAUGAUGAUGUACCAGCAGAGUUUAGCCAGAUGGCUGAAGAACUGGGAACUCUCAGGUCAUUACUGGAAUCUAAGGAUAAAGAGUUAGAAAUGUUCCAAACCAAGGCAAGUCGUCAACAAAUGGAUCUGGAGUUUUUACAGAGAAGAAUAGAACUACUGCACAGUGAUAAUCAAAGUAAUAGAGAAGACAUCGCUCGUAUGACUAAUCAACUCAUUCUUAAGAUGAAAGAAGGAGUUGAAUCAAGGCAGUUGAAUGAGUUUCUGUCAGGUGAAAGAGUUCAGCAACAGAAAGAGUUGACACAAUUGGAACAGAAUUUAGAAAGAACAGCACAGUUACAAGUAGUCAAGCAAACAGAGAUUGAAAAAUCUGAGUUUAGUAAAAAAGAUGCCACGAUUUCUCUGCUGGAGAAGAGUUUAGAGCAGGUGAGAAAGUCUUUACAGGAAAAUGAGUAUGAGAAUGUACAGCUACGAUACCAAGUAGAGACUCUGACUAACGACCAGAGGAAAUUGUCAACUAUCAACUCAUCCCUGGAAACUAAACUAGAAAUGGAGAAGAAAAUGUAUGAGGAGAGACACCAGGAAGUGACAUCAUCGAACCACAAAUUAGAUCUGCUCCAGCGGGAGCAUGACCAUGUGUUAAAUAAUCUCAAUACAGAGAAACAGCUGAAGGAAAAGUUAAACAAUGACAGUCAGAUCUACUCAUCAGAGAACAAGAAUUUAAGACAGGAAUUACGAGAUAUACAGUCAGAAUUAGAUGACUGUCAGAAACAACUGAAUUCCAGUCAAGAUGCACUGAAGGAUGCCAAACAAGACAAAGGAGUCAUGUAUCAUGAAUAUGAGAACAUGAUAAAAAGAAUGAGCGAAAAAGAUCAGAAGAUUAUAGAACUACAGACAAAGUUAGAUAUUACAGUGGCUGACAUGGAGAAAGAGCUUCAUCUACAGAAACAUACACAUGAGUUAGAGAAAACAUCAACAGAGAGGGAAUUAGAUAUCACUAAAGAACAAGUUACAACUUUGAGUUCUGAAAUGAAGAACAAAGAUUCAGAGUUAUCUACCUUUGGAAGAUCUCUGCAAGAAUUAGAAGAAGCCACCAGAAAAAAGAAAGAGGUUGAAAUUGAACAUGAGAAAUCACAAAUGGCAGUUCAUGAUAUGAAGAUAUUACUGGACAGUCAUAAAAAGGAGAUACAACAACUACAGGAAUCAUUAUCUAGACAUCAGGAAAAUGUGUCCAGAACACAACUAGAGAAGGCUGGUGUAGAAGAUAAGCUAUACAGACUGGAGGAAUCAUCUACUGUACAGAUACAGGAACUCAAGAAAACUAUUGCUGACAUGAAAAGUGCUAAUGAGGGGGAAAAAUUCUACCUGAAAGAUAAUCUCUCACAGACUCAGUCACAGAUCCAGUCUUUACAAUCAAGUCUUUCCUCAGCUGUCACCUCCAGGGAUAAACUUCAGAUAGAAUGCAGACUUCUUCAGAGGACGGUGGAGGAAACAAGAGAGCAACUUCAUGAUACGUCUACUUCACGGAAAGUGGCUGAACAGAGAGCUGAUACCCUCGAAGGUCAACUACAUGACAGCAGAAAAGACAGGUUCCUCACAGAAGAAAAACUAAAUCAGUCACUGUCAACAAUCAGUAAACUUGAGAGGGAACAAAAGUCAGAUAGAGAAAAGUUAAAGGCUGCCAUAGAAGCUAGUCAGGAAUAUGAAGCAACAGCCUAUGGUCAGCAAUCUAAUGCCAGAGCUAAGCAAGAAAAGGUGGAUGUACUACAGAAUGAGGUUGGAAAGUUAAAACAGAUACUUGAAAGUCAGAAGGUUCAGAUGAAUUCUAAACUUAAAAAAUCUGCCAAAGAUUUGUCACAACAAAUGGAGCUGAUAGAAUCAGACAGGAACAAGCUGUCACAACAGAAUACACAACUUUUUAAUGACUUGGAGAAAUCUCGUGAGACAGUUCAAAUCAAGAACAAGGAAAAUCUUAAGUUACAAGAAGAUAUGUUACAGCUACAAGAACAAGUCAAGGAAUUAUCAUUUAAAUUAAAACAUUCAGACGAAGCAAGGAAAACGGAAGAAGAACUCCAGGUGAAAUUACAGAAGAAAUUAGACGAGCAGGAAGAUGAACUAAAACGAGUGAGGAACUUCCUGACUAAGAAAGCAGAGGAGUCCGGAGAGGCAGAGAAGUCUGCAUGGCAUGAUAUGAACAAGAUGAUACAUGAGAUGAGUCAACAGAUGUCAAUGCAUUUAGAGUCACAAAAGACCAGUGAUGGUAAAGAUCAGGAUGCAAAAGUCGCUCAGCGGUACAAGAAACAUAUCCAUGACCUUAACACUGAGCUACAGACAGAGAGGGCUUUACACAAGAUCACAGCCUCCUCAUUACAGAGUUUAGAGGAGGACUGUGUCAGGCUCAGACAGCAAUGCCAGGCAAUGAGGAAACGCAAUAAUUCAGCUUCAGACAAACGAUACAAAUCCAGAAUGGAAGCCAUCAAUGAAAUCAUUGCCCGAUCACAGACACAAGCUCAGGCCAUGUUGUCUUCAGGGAAUUACCUAGACGAGUCGUUAAAGAGUCUAGCUAGCCCCCGAGCUACCUUUGAGGCUUCACCAGACAACUCUGUAUGUAGUGACAUGUCUUUCAACAGCACCAUUGCAAUAAACAGUGAAUCAUCCCCACCGAAUCCUACUAUGAAAUCAACACCCAUGAAAUCUUAAAUGUGAUCACUAAGAAUAUCAUACAAAAAUUUCAGCAUUAUAAAUAGUAGUUUUUUCAGUGAAGAUCAGGUUUUUCAUUUACAUUAUUUCCAAGAAUAACUUUACAUAUUGUUUUAAUACAUACUGGAAGGUUUAUAUAAGAAGGAAGAGCAAUUGGAAAAAUUAAACCACCCUUUAUGUUGUUGUUCAUUUCACUGAUUACUUUAGAAAAGUAUGCAUUUAAAGAGAACAUGUUUCAUUAAGAUUAUCAAUCAUUUUAAUACAGUACUUAUUGGUGCAGAUCUGUUUUAGUAUGGUACUUUUCAAUGUUUUUCAUAUUUCAGUAAUCAUGUUGUCUGUAAGUUUAGAAGAUAUAUAUUCAUCCUACCGUCACAAGGAAUCGUGUCUGUUAAAUUUGUUUACACAAUAGAUAUUGUCUGUGAUCAGUUUAUAAUUACAUGACAUUGGUGGUCCAUGUCAAAAACAGGAAGCAUUUCACCCUAAGUCAAAUAGUGUACAAUUAAAUUUUUGUUCUCUCUCAUCUCAUGUUAACUAGACAGGUUGAGAGUUACCCACAUUUACUUUGUGUGCUAACUUAUAACUUCAGACUGUAUUUCUUAAUAAUAAUGAUUUUUGUGUGUAGCAGAGUGGUAACAUAGGGAUCAUUAUUUGUCUUCUGUUGUCUGUUGUCGUCUGUUUUAUUAUUACAUUGUAUUCCUACUCUGACUAUUGAACAGAAAUGAACCAAAGUUGCAAUAAUCCUCUACAAUAUAAAGUGAAGUUGUACAACAUUUGUGUGAUUUUUUCACCGGGUUGAAUUGAUGGGUUUCUGAACCAAGGUUUUCAAAAUGUUUAAUUGUUGUACAAACAGAUGAAUAGCUAUCCAAAAGGCUUAUUCCACUUAAAUAUAUCAGUUUUUCCAAAUCAUGAAUUGUCCUAUAACUUGGGGUGAAGUGCUUCAUUUUUUACACUGUGAUUUUACAAAGAAUGUGAUAUGAUUUAUUUAUUCACUAUUUUUUUUCUAUUUUUAUCUGCAUAUUUAUUAUUUAUUUAGCUGUUUAAGCAUUUACUCAUACUUUUUGUCUUUUCUUUUACUCAUUGUUUUAGAUAUAUAUACAUAUACGCACAUGCAAAUUAUUCUCCAUUGAGAAAAAGGAAAGGAUGAUCGAGUGUAAUAAAUUUUAUAUUUACAUCUGACAAUGCUUCUACCAAAAGUUUAAACACAACACUUUAAGUUGAAUAUAGAUGGUCCUGACAAUACAAUCAGGAAUUACCAGAAAUAGAGUUUAUUUAUCUGUGAUAGGGAAAUAAAAUCAAUUGUUCUAGUUUGAAAAUUUUCUACUUGUUUCAUUGUUGAAAUCAUUCCUUGUGUAUCCAGAAAUUAAUUAAUGAAGUCUACUUACAAAUGAGUGGUAUAACUUGUAAUCAGUAGAAUAGGUGCCAUAUAUUUAUUUGACAAUCUAUGUACCCUAAUCAAAAUAUAACCCCCGAUAAUAAUAUAUGUAUAUCAGUAUUUAUCGUAAUCCAAUACCUCAGUAAUAAUAGACAAAUUAGUAAAUGAGCCGAGCCACAUAAAAAUCAGAAUUAUGCACAGAUACAGUUAACAUUGUGAAUUGAUAAUACUUUCCUGCAGAAAAAUUGUAGUUGGAAUAAAUCUUUGGCAAAAGGAAUUUUAAACACUUACAAUCCCUAUUCAAAAUAUAUAUAUACUGAGUAAAAAAUUUUAGCUGCAUUUUUUUUCAUUUUUUGUAUUUCAAACAUAAAACCUACUUUUAAACAUAACAAUUACUCAAUAUUGUAAUAAAAUAAAUAAACUACAAGAUGCAUUUUUACUAAAAUAAUUUUUAAACAUUUGUUUAAAAUGUAUUCUUGCAAUUUUUUUUAAAAUUCAAUAUAAACUUUUUUUAUUCAGUAUAUAUUCAUAACUUUUAUGUGGUGAAUCUAAGUACAUGAAUUACUGCAAGAUAUUAUUAUAAUUGUGGUAUGAUUCAAUGCAAUGUGAUACAGAUCUUCUUAAUGUUUGAUUGAUACUGAGAUUUACUUUAACAUGCAGAAUGUUCCUCAUGAUAAUGGAGUCGGGUUAAUUUUUAUACAACAUAAUAACUGACAUUUUACAUAAUAAGGAUUUCUAUGUGGUGGAGCUCAGGUAUAAAAGGGUAUGAUAUAUGCAUGUAGGUAGGGUAGACAGAAAUCGUAAUGCAUAGCUAGUUAUUUGGAUGGAAAACACAUGUUUAUUUUUUAAAAAGUUUCUUAAGAUACUGCACAAUGCAAUGCUAGAUAUUGUUUUAGGCAAAAAAUGAAAUUUUAAUCUAAAUUUUGACAAAACAGUAUUGUUUGGCUGGUUUUCACAACCAAAAAUCUGCAUACUAAUUUUUUUGUUGCUGGAAAUAUUUUUUUUGUAUUGAAUGUCUGUCUUUUACAAUAAAUGUAACUGAUAGUAGUGUGAAAUAAGUCUGAAUCACCAAGAAUAAUCUCAAUAAAAAGUAGCUGUUUUUUCUGCACUACACACAAAUCUGUUGUACUUUUCUCCUUCAUUCUCUACCAUAAUGCAAAAUGUAUUGCUAGCGCUUUAUAUUUUAGAGAAGAAACCCACAAAAACAAAUUGCUUUGUAUCUUGCCAUUUUCUUAAGCCUGUCUCAUAAAAUUGUAGAAACAUAUUGAAUCUUAUGGUCAUUUGUAAUAUGUCAUUAGGAACUUUCAUUUACAUCCACAAAAGGCAUUAUCACAUCAUAGCUAGAUUGAAAAAAUAUGAUGUUUUGCUUUAAAUUAUAUUAUUCAGUGCAUUUUUUUAUUGGUUUCCUAAAUUUGACUCGAGCUGCAAUAGUAAAAAUGACGAUGUGUUCAUAUUUUUUUACAGGUCCUUUUUUAAUAUGUAUUAUUUUGAAUCAGUAAAAAUAGCCAAAUGUUACAAUAGACUAUUUAAUAAUUUAACUUAUUACAAGUGGUCAAUUUUGUAUUCAUUGUAAUAGAAGAUAGUGAAUUAAAAAGUGAAAUAAAAAUGACAUUGUUGAUACAACUUGAUACAGGUAAUUUUACUAUGCAUUUAACCAUCAACUUAAUACUUGAACAGUUAUUUCUUAUUUAAAAGUUAUCACUUUUCUAUGUAGCUUCUUUUGUAUUCAAAACAGAAGUGGCCACAUGCAAGAAAAAAUGACAGCACAUGUUUAUUUUGUUCUACUUAAAACUAUUUCCAAUCACAAAAACUGUAUUCUUGUUUUCAUACUUUUCAUAAACGCAAUAUUAUUUCAUAGAUUCUACCUUUGUUGUGAAGAAAAUAAAACAAAAACUAAACAGAAAUCUUUACAAAAAGGUGUUCAGAAAACUACUGUUCAAAGUGAUUUUUUUUCUGUCCAUACUCAUUUCAAGUAUAUGAUUGUUCAUUUUGAGAUAUUCAUUUAAAUCAGUCCGAAUGAAUAUAUAUUGUAUAACAAACUUGAAGUUUUUGAAAUUUUAUAUAAAAUAUUAAGAUUUCUCUUAAUUUUAAGUGUGCAAUUUGUAAUAAUUUAAAAAGAAAAGAGGUAAAAGAUUUUUGAUAAAGAGUUAACAUAUUCUUUAAAAUUUUUGUCGUGAUUUUUUUUAUUAGAUUCUGUUUCGAAUUCCUUACAUGUUAUUUUCAAUCAGGUUAACCAUAACCUGAACAGUUUUAUAAAUAAAGUGAGCUAAAACUGGAUAGAUAAAUAGUCAUUUUUACCUUAUUCGUUAGAUUUUGAUGCAUGUUUGGCCAUAGAGAUCCAUGGGAAAAGGUUUGCCUAGAUUUUUCAAUAGAUUUACGAUAGUUCUAAUCAAUUCAAGAUAUAAUGGGCUAUGAUUUAUAUAUUUCUAUGCAAAAUACUGUGUCAACAUUUUCUGUUGAUGUACUUUAGCGUAACUUUUCCUUGUUGUCAUUUUAGUCUUCUACAUGCUACACUAGGCAUAACCUUUAUAAGAUGAUGGGUGAUAAUACUGAUAUUAUUCAUACAAUACACAUAACCACUUUAUCAUUAGCUUUCCUGGAAAAAAAGAGAAUAUGCAACAGAAAUAAGAAUCAAACAAUGGUCUUCCGUAUAUACAUCUCACAUGCCAAAAGUACUUUUUAUUGUAAAGAGUAAUCUAUUAGUUAUUUUAAUGUCAUACAGGGAGUAUGUUGUGUGUUUACUAAAGUUAGAAUAUGCACAAGGAGGAGACAUAUUAAGACUAUUUUACAAUUAGAGGUAAAAAAUAAAUCAGUAUCACUGUACAACUAUAGAGAAAAAUAUGUUUUUAUACAGUGAACAUAUUUUUAUACCUAAUUUAGCAAAAGUUAUAAAUAAAAAUGGAUGUUUCUGUCGUUCAGUUUUUUUUCACAGUUCAUAAUCCUAUACUCUUAUCAAAUUUUAAUUUUGGAACAGUUUCAUAAUUUUCUUAUAAAGAAUUCAAGUUGUAAUACAUGUAGUCAAUAAUAUAUUGUUAAUGCAGUGAUGAAAUAUGCAAGUUGUUACAGUUUUACACUGUAAUGUCUUGUUUGUGAUUUUAAAUUGUUAAACCACAAAAUAAAACAAAAGGUUCUGUUGCUUUUUUGUCUAGAAAUUUGAGUGUCAAAAUUUAAAAUUUAUCUGAUUUAUUUUCAAAACUUUCUGCAACUUAAUGAUUUUCUAAAAUUUGUAUUUUUCUGCAAUAAUUGUUUUUCUUCUGUUUCAUAUUUGUACUUCAUUCAAUUGAUUAUUUUGCACAUUUUCCUUUAUUUUGACUUUAAGUCAGAUUCAGUUUCUACCUAGUCAUCAUAAACAAACCUGGUAUAGGUAGUCAUCAUUUGCAAAACUGAUAAUCUUCAAUUAUUGUAUUGAAAGUUAUCUCCCUUACUCUGCAUUGACUGAAGUGUAUUAUUUCAAUGCAAGACAUAAUUUGAUUUCAGAUGUUAAAUUGAAUCUUUGGCCCAAAAUAUAUAUGAAACUACAUAUUAAAUUGGUAUUAUGUCUCCAACUUUUUAUAUCUAAAAGUUUAAUAAUUAUAAAAAGGUAUUCCACAAAUCCAGAGCAGUUGAAAUAAUUAUUUUGACAAUUGUUUAGACUAUAUUUAUGGUCUUUAUAGAGGUAUCCGUCCAUAGUUUAUGUUAUCACUCAUUAAAUAUAUUUACACUACUUAUGUUAAUUAUGAUAUUUUUAAUAAAGUAUUAACAAUGAAAUAGUAA